AUGGAAAGUGAAUUUGAAAUGAGUAUGUGUGGUGAGCUAACCUUUUUCCUUGGCCUGCAAGUAAAGCAACUUGAUGCAGGUAUCUUUCUCUCUCAAACCAAAUAUGCUGAGAAUCUCAUCACGAAAUUUGGCCUUGAAUCUAAGAAGGUGGUUAACAAUCCCAUGAGCACCACUACAAAGCUGAGCGAAGAUCCGAAUGGGAAAUCAAUCGAUUCCACACUCUAUAGAAGCAUGAUUGGUAGCUUGCUGUAUCUCACUGCCAGUCGACCUGAUAUUUCCUACAGUGUGGGAGUGUGUGCUCGAUUUCAAGCAAAUCCCAAAGAAUCACACUUGGAAGCUGUCAAGAGAAUCAUCCGAUAUAUUUCCGGUACAGUUAACUAUGGUAUUUUCUAUACCUUUGACACUAACGUGGAAAUUGCAAGGUAUUUUGAUGCUGAUUGGGGAGGAAACUUGAAGUAUAGAAAAAGCACUUCUAGAGGCUGCUUCUUCAUUGGGAACAAUCUUAUUGCUUGGCAUAGCAGGAAACAAAAUUGCAUUUCUCUAUCUACUGCUGAAGCGGAAUAUGUUGCUGCUGGGAGCUGCUGCAUUCAAAUGCUCUAG